UGCAGACGCCGGGAGCCGCGGGAGGACGAGGUCGGAGCGGAAGAGUGGACAUGUCCACCAUGGGCUGGUGGCGCUGCCGGGUGCCCGGGGCCGUGUGGGGGCAGUAGACUGUGCACGGGCUGCGCCGCGGCUGACCUUCGGCCAGGGGCGGGGCGGUGCCUUGAGGUGCGGUGUGGCGAGCUCUACCCUUCUCCGAGACGACUUGUGAGAGGAAGAGGGACUAGGUCCAAACGCUAGGUGGCGGUGUCCAGGUCCCUGGCAUUUUGACUCUGUUCCUGUGGAUAAGAACACUUGUUCUGAAGUUCCAGAAAGGAUCCUAUUCCCAAACAGACAUUAAAAAAAAAUCCUUUUUAACUUACUGGUUUUUCCUUUUAAAACAAAAAGAAUUUUUGCUGCAUCUGGUUUUGUUCUUCUCUGGAAGUAAAGCCAGAAGUACAAAACUGUCAGGUCCCUGAGUACUGACUGUCCCAGGCUGCCGCGUCUUUCCUGUUGACUCAUGUUGGGUUCCUCCAGUGAAAAUUUUCCUUAGAGAGAUGCUGCCUCCAAAGUACUUGUCUGCCACCAAACCCAAGAGGUCUUGGGCCCCAAAUCUGUGUGAGCUAGACAGUGACUUGUCUCAGGAGCCGGAUGCCGCCAUAGGAGAAGCCGCCACUGACUCUGAAUUCUUUCAUCAGAGGUUUCGGAACUUCCUCUACGUGGAAUUUGUCGGGCCUCGGAAGACCCUGCUCAAACUCCGAAACCUCUGCCUCGAUUGGUUGCAGCCGGAGACUCGCACCAAGGAGGAGAUUAUCGAGCUCUUGGUCCUCGAGCAGUACCUGACCAUCCUUCCAGAAAAGAUCAAGCCUUGGGUGCGUGCAAAAAAGCCAGAGAACUGCGAGAAGCUCGUUACUCUGCUGGAAAAUUACAAGGAGAUGUACGAACCGGAAGACGACACCAGCAGUGACGCCCACAGCGAAGGCAGCAUGAGCCGGAAGGCAGCAGAGUCCCCGCCGCCACACUCCGCCUGCUGCAGUGACCGGGACUGGGACCGGGACUGGGACCGAGACUGGGACCGAGACUGGGAGCGAGCCCGCGAGCGGGAGCACCGGAAGGGCAGAGGCAGGGGCCUGGAGUCCCGGGCCCGCUGGCCGUACGCCCGGAGCCCCAGGAGCAGGUUUCAUCAGCGGGAUCUUUCCCUUCCUCUGAUGGAGAAAGUGGCUUUUGCAAAGGAAAGAGAGCACAAGCGUCGGGACUCUGUGAUGGAUUACGAGACGAGAUCACAGGAUGCGGUGUCGUACCAGGAUGUGGUGGCCCUCACCGAGGACCGGAAGCCCCAGAACCCAGUUCAGGACAACAUGGAGAACUACCGGAAGCUGCUCUCGCUGGGGGUUCAGCUUGCCGAGGACGACGGCCACUCGCACAUGACCCAGGGCCACUCAUCACGGUCAAAGAGAAGUGCCUACCCGAGCACCAGUCGAGGUCUGAAAACUAUGCCUGAAACCAAAAAGUCAGCCCAUCGGCGGGGGAUCUGUGAAGAUGAAUCUUCCCACGGGGUGAUAAUGGAAAAGUUCAUCAAGGACGUUUCGCGCAACUCCAAAUCGGGAAGGGCAAGGGAACCUAGCGAUCGGCUGCAGAGGUUCCCCAGGAGGCCAGACAGUGACUGGAAGGAAGUUCCAUUCAACAAGAGGGAGUCGGUGAUUCAGGAGAGGGGCCAUGAAGGGAAUGCCUUUGGGGGAGGAGGCUUUAAUUUGAACUCAAACCUUGUUUCCAGAAAGAGAGUUCUUGAGAGAAAAAGGCGCUAUCAUUUUGACACAGACGGGAAGGGCUCCAUGCACGGUCGGAGAGGUGGUGCAAGGAAGCGGCCCUUUGAGCGCAGCGAGGUGAGGAAGGCCGCUAGCGGGAGCAGCCUUAGCGCGCCGCCCUUCCCCCAGUUGCAGCCCUUCGACUUUGGGGCGACGCCCUAUGUGUGUGAUGAGUGCGGGAGGUCCUUCAGCGUGAUUUCGGGGUUUGUGGAGCAUCAGAUCACGCACACCAGGGAGAAUCUGUAUGAGUACGGCGAGUCCUUUCUUCAUAGUGUGGCCGUCAGUGAGGUUCAGAAAAGGCAGGCCGGAGGGAAACGCUUUGAAUGUAAGGAGUGUGGGGAACCCUUCAAUAAGAGCGCCGCCCUGGCCGAGCAUCGGAAAAUUCACGCUAGAGAUUGCCUUGCGGGGUGUAAGGACGAGGAGUACGAGGAGCCCUUCAUGCCCAGCCCAACCUUCAGGGAGCUCCAGAAGAUAUACGGGAAGGACAAAUUCUAUGAAUGCAGGGUGUGCAAGGAAACCUUCCUUCAUAGUUCUGCCCUGAUCGAGCACCAGAAAACCCAUGGCCGAGAUGACAAAGGUAGUGAGCAUGGGGAAGCCUUCAAACCCAGCCCAGCGCUUAACGAGCUUCAGAAGAUGUAUGGGAAAGAGAAAAUGUACGAGUGCAAGGUGUGCGGGGAGACCUUUCAUCACAGCGCAUCCCUGAAAGAGCACCACAAGGUCCACACCCGAGGAAACCCAUUUGAAAACAAGGGCAAAGUGUGUGAGGAAACCUUCAUUCCUGGUCAGUCCCUUAAAAGACGCCAGAAAACCUACCCAACAGAGAAGGCCUACGACUUCAAAGAUGGUGGAGAUGCCUUUAGGCAAAACUCAGACCUCAUCGAGCAUCAGAAAAUUCAUUCUCGGAAGAAGCUCUUUGAAGGCCGGGGGUACGAGAAGUCUGUCAUUCACGGUGUGUCCUUCCCCGAAUCUCAGAAGAGUCACACUAUAACAAGGCCACCUGAGGACGAGGAAGACGAGAAGGCAUUCACUGUCAGCUCCAAUCCUGAUGACAGCCGGGAAGCCCUGUCCUACGAGAGGAACCCCUAUGAGAGGUCUUUCAUUCAUAGCUCAGCCUUCCCUGGGGCUCAUAAAAGUCACAGCAAACCGAGAGUGAUAGCAGAGGCGACCGUUCAGAGCUCGGGUGCCACCGAACAUUGGAAAGUCCACGCUGGGGAGAGUACCUCUGAAAGAAAGGGGUAUGAGAGGUCCGUCAUCCACAGCCUAGCUGCUUUCAGGCCUCCCCGUGGUCGCGGUGGAAAUGAGCUCCUUGGCUGUGACGAGCAGCAGGAGUCCUCCGCUUACCUCUCAGACCCUUGUGGCCAGCCGCAGAAGACCCUUGCCCUAGAGAGCCCCUAUGCAGGGGGUAAGAACAACAUCUUCAAGGGCUCUUUUGUGCACGGUGCGUCCCACACCGUAUCUCAGGACAGUCUCGCUGGGGAGGGCCCCAGUGGAUGGAAGAAGGAUGGUGAACCAUCUGUUCCCAAGUCAGAUGUGCGCGAGCAUCAGAAGGCUCGUGCUAAGAAGAAGAACAUCGAGCGUAGGAUUUAUGAGACCUCUGUAAUCCACUCCCUGCGUUUUGGUGAACCUCAAACGUUUCACCCGAGAGAGAAGUUUUACGAAUGUCCGGAGUGUGGAGAGUCCUUUGUUCAUAGCUCUGACCUCACUGAGCAUCAGAAGAUUCAUGAUAGGAAGAAGCCCUCUGGAAGUGGAAACUACAUACGAUCUGUCAUUCGCAGCAUAGCCUCCACGGAUCCUCAGACCAGUUAUGCGGGCCAGUCAGCACAGGUGAGUUACGCUGAAGAGCAAGCUCAGACCAGUUACGCUGAACCACCAGCUCAGACCAGUUACGCUGAACCACCAGCUCAGACCAGUUACGCUGAACCACCAGCUCAGACCAGUUAUCCUGAACCACCAGCUCAGACCAGUUACGCUGAACCACCAGCUCAGACCAGUUACGCUGAACAGCCAGUCCGCAAUGAAUGUAAGGAGUGUGGGGAGUGUUUUGCCACUGUUGAAGACCUUGGCAUACAUCAGAAAAUCUAUGCCCGAGAGAAAUUCCAUGGUGGGGAGCUGUUUGGAGGCUCUGUGAUUCAGGGUGUGGGCCUUGAUGGACCUCGACAGGAAGAGCCUCGGCAGGAAGGGCCAGAUGAGCCGGAUGAGCCUGAAGACACCAUCUAUGGGUGUAAGGACUGUGGGCUGGGCUUCGUGGAUCGCACAGACCUCAGGGACCAUCAGAAGGUUCACGGCAGAGAGUACCUCAUCGACAGCCGCGAGUACGCGCGUUCUGUGAUGCACACCCAUUCUGUCAGUGAGUAUCAGAAAGAUUACAUUGGAGAGCAGCUUUAUGAGUGCCCGGCAUGUGGGGAAUCUUUCGUUCAUAGCUCAUUCCUUUUCGAGCAUCAGAAAAUCCAUGAGCAAGACCAGUUUUACGGCCACAGGAGGUAUGAUGAGCCCUUUAUGCAGCCCUUGGCCAUUAGCCCGCAGCGGCCUCGGGCCCCACAGAAGAGUCCUCCUGCUGGGACUUCCCUGCAAUGCCAAGUGUGUGGACAAGACUUCAUCCACGGCUCUGUCCUUAGCGAACACAUGAGAGUUCACGCUGGAGACAGCCUGCUGGAGCAGGGCCAGGGAAGCACAGAUGCGGUCAGCCCAGGCUUGGCCCCCACAGACCUUCAGAGAGACCAGGCCAAGGACAAGCACUAUGAGUGCGCGACCUGUGGAGAAUCCUUCCCCAGCCAGGCCGACCUCCGGGAGCACAUGAGGAUUCACGAGAAGGACGAGCCCUACGACUAUGGGGCCACCUUCGUCCAUACCUCCUUCCUCACCGAGCCCCCCAAGAGAGAUUCACCCUUCUAUGAGUGCAAGGACUGUGGCAAGUCCUUCAUCCACAACACAGUCCUCACGAAGCAUCAGAAGCUGCACCUCGAGGAAGAGGAAGCAGCAGCAGCCGCCCAGGAAGUCGAAGCCAACGUCCUCGUUCCACGGGAAGUUCUGCGGAUCCAGGGAUCAAAUGUGGAGGCCGCAGAGCCAGAGGUGGAGGCUGCCGAGCCGGAGGUGGAGGCUGCCGAGCCCAACGUGGAGGCCGCCGAGCCCAACGGAGAGGCCGAGGGGCCGGAGGGGGAGGCCGCCGAGCCCAACGGGGAGGCCGAACAGCCCAACGGGGAGGCCGAACAGCCCAACGGGGAUGCUGAUGAACCAGAUGGGGCAGGGAUCGAAGACCCAGAGGAAAGAGCCGAAGAGCCAGAGGGAGAUGCGGAUGAGCCGGACGGUGCAGGGAUCGAGGACCCAGAAGAGGAAGGUGACGACCAGGAGAUCCAAGUGGAAGAGCCCUACUACGACUGCAGGGAGUGUGGCGAGACCUUCACCUCCAACUCGGCCUACGGUGAGCACCUGAAAACCCAUGCCAGGGUGAUAAUAUUCGAGCCUGGAAGCGUCUACGGGGAAAGCUCCCACUACACCGAGCACGCCAGCACCAGCAGCAAUGACAGCGGCAGGGCUGAUGACAAGUACUUCAAGUGUGACGUCUGUGGGCAGGUGUUCACUGACCGCCUGUCCCUGGCCAGGCACCAGAACACCCACACCGGCUGAGGACUCGGGUGUCAAGGUUGGAAAACCUUCACUAGGACUGGACCCUUACUAAACUACAGAUAAUUGGAACCAACCCACGAUGAUGUCGGAAGGAGGCUUCCCUUGGCGUAUACACACCUGACUUUGAACAUCAGACAACUCAGCCUGGAAAGAAACUGAAGGUGGAGACUCCUUCGGACUUAGCAAUUCCCCAUCAAACAUCGGCGUAUGCAUGUGGGAAAGCCAUAACACACAUCUUACCUUCCACCCGAGUAAUUGCAUUGACGGAAAGCUGGAGGGGUUUUCAAGGCUACAGAAAUCGCCCACAUCUGUAAAUGACACUCCUGGAACCUAUAUAUAAUGAAUGUUUCCUGAGAUGUAUAUAAAAUAGCAAAUCAUAGCAAACAGUACUCAUAUUUAGACUUAAUAUGGUAUCCAGUUACAGUUCACUUGCAGAGGUACCUUCCUUACCUGGUACUCUUUGAUUUUUUUUUUUUUUUUUUUUUUGGAGGAGGAAGAGAGCAACAAAUUAGAAUAUAUUUGUAAGCAUCUUAGAUCCUUAGAAAGAUUUAUUGUGCGUUAUUUGAAUCCCAUCCAUAUUUUUUUGAGUAAUUGACUGUGUUGUUCCUUACUCUUAAAUAUUCCUGUAAAGGUGUAGGCAUGAAAGAUAAAAUGUCUUUUCCGCUUUGCUGUUUGAAAGGGGAAGUACUUGGAGCUUCCUUUUCAGCUAUUUCGUCUACACUAACACUUUGGAACCUAAUGCUGUGUAAGCCUUUACGAUACGUGGAUUGGCCUUUUGUAACCCCAAAUUGAUUGGUUGCCACCUUGUACUUUGCAGUGGUUCUCAUGCAAAAAAUAGUUACAAGUUUUGUUAUUUGUUUUUAAACCAACUUGAUGUCUGUUGGAUAGUGAAUUCACAAAAGCUGAAGCUUCUCCCUGUGCAUCUUGCGUCUUUGCCUUUCAAGAGUGGUUGCAGCCAUCCCUAGAUCGCGCGCGUGCCUGAUGAGGUUGAGAACCGUGGGGGCUCUCGUGUAAGUUAGGACGGGGCUGCUGCCUCAUCACUCCCUUUGCGCGCUCCCUGCCUUAAGCGACAAGUAGCAACGGGGCUUCGUCCGUGUGUGCCGCUACAACUCAGUUUUUGCACCCUGGGCGCCCAGGGGCGAGUAUCCUUAGAGCUUUCUAGUGUGAAACUUAAUUCUCGUCUUUACCUGUCUGACCCUCAACCCCAUGUCUAACUUGCAUUUAAAAAAAAAA